CACAAACCACAUCAAUUGAUCCUGUAACAUCCCAAUCUCUCCCCUCCUCCCAAUUUCCCCUCAAUUCUCAAGUCUCAAUUCCAGCUCGAAUCCCUCCACCAUGUCAUCCAACCUCAUCCCCACCGAGCCCGGCGGCGAGCAAACCCAGUACGAAGGCAUCCACACGCACGUCGACCCGCCCAGCAAGCAGCCCGGCCAAAUGGGCGACCCAGCGACGAGCACCGCAUCUCCCCCCGCGCACGCGCACAAAGCGGCCUCCAACGCGCCGAACACGCAGAGCGUCACGCCCGCGGAGAAAAUGCGGUAUGGGCAGAGCAUUCAGGAGGGCGGUAUGGGCGGGAAGACGGAUGCGGCGACGGGGGAGGCGGGCGAGGAAGGUGGAUUCGGGGGUACGGAGGCGUUGGAGCAAGGUGGCGAUGCGGCGCAGGAGAGGAGGGAGCAGGGGUACGGUGGGGAGAGGGAUAUGGAUCGGAGCAUUGGGGCGUGA